GAAUUACCAUAUCAAUCCACUUGCUACUCUAUUAUGUUCGCCUGGUAUUUCAGUUCAACCACGUGGUAUUGUGCAAGGAAUGUCGUGGAGAUUGUUGUUGCUUGGGAGUCUACCUGGUCACGUAUUCCCAAAAGUACCAAAUCAUCAUGUUAUACCACCACUCCAACCAAUGCUCAUUUCCAUUUGCGUUCGCGUUGCGGCCAUGCGUUGAACUCCUUCGUCGCGAUGCUGCUCAGCGAGCUACACUUCUGGACAACGCUGCGCGACGAGGUGCGCAUCAAAAACAGCGAUUUCGGUGCCUUUCGCUAUGUACGGCAACGCGAAGUUUCCCAAGAGUUAGGAGCGCUCUCGAAACGGGACUAUACCGAACGACGCAAUGGUCUUGCAGUGCUCAAAAAUAGUCGCAAAGCGGCAGGACGUUUAAAGGAUAAUCUGAAGAAGCUGGAGGAAUUGCUGCGCUCCCACAAACUGGUGCAUUCCGAGUGGCAAGAUGCGGCCCAAGUGUUGUUGCUCUUCGACAAUGGGCACAUGGCGCACAUUUGUGUGGACAUCUAUACGGGCGACAUAUUGCGCAUGGUCUUUGAAAAGUAUCUUGUUGGCAAAUUGGCCGCCGAGGUCAUUACCGAUGCAUUUUUUACACGUUCCCACAUCGUCUUGGCCUACAAUACCAACCAGCUGACAGUGGUGCAUUUGCAGCGUCCCAAUGCCCGGCCAUUGGGGCCGGAGAAGAUUGCAAACAUGGAUCCACGUAUCUUUCAUGUGAUCAUACCGGGCGCCGCAUCGGAGCGUAAAUUGGCACGCCAUCUUACGGUUAACGGCAGCUUUGAUUUGUUUGUGGUUUGGACGCAAUCCUCACAGAACGAAGUGUAUCCAUGGCGACCCACGAUACGUGAUCAGGAUCGUGCUAACAUUCACAUCUUUAAGAUCAAAGGCUUGCAGCUGGAAUCGAUUGCUUAUUGUUGGUCCGAGAACGAUCCGUUGUGCGUGGAUUUUUUGCGCAGCUCUGAGAAUCAAAUCAUCACACUCGAACAGAAGGUGUCACGCAAGGGUGACAUCAGCGCCGAGAUUUGCUCCUAUGAGCUGGCCACUGGGAAAAUGCAACGUACUGCAAUUACAUCGAUUGCGCUGGGCACACAGAUCUGUUCGUUUGCCUUCAGUCCGGACCAGGAGAAGCUCUUUCUAGGUAGCGUGGAUCGCAACAUUUGUCUACACGAUCUGGUGCUGCAGACCACGAAAUAUGUCAAUCAAAUUGAGAUUGUGCCCACUCAAUGUGCCUGGCACUGCGACUCCGCCCUGCUUUGCGUGGCCAAUGAGCGUUCAGUGCUGCAAUGCUUUGAUUUGGCGCUAGCGCCCAUUGGCAACCAGCUGUUGAGCGAGAGUGUAACCCCGCUGAGUCUGUUGGAUCUGUCGCAUUACUUUGCAUCACAGCCAACGCUGCUAAGCAUCGCCUUCAGCCGCAAACCCGAUCUGGGCAGCUUUACACACACCUACGCUCAAACGGAUUGUUUGCUUCUAAUGUUAUAUGAUCAAGGACCUCUGGCAUGCAUGCGUAUCUUUGGUGGCGCCGGAAUGCGCGGUGAUAUCCAUAACUCGGGUCUAACGGCCGAUGUGAUUGCGGACAAGUAUUUACGACUGCAGCAGCCAGAAAGAGCGGUGAAUGUGCUCGCCUCGCUCAACUGGGAGACGUAUGGUGCAAUGUGUCUAAUAACGCUGCAUAAGAUUGCCAACUAUGUGUUCUUUGCGGGCGACCAGAGGCGCGCCGCGCGUUGCGACCUGAUGGCUAGAGCACUACGCACUUUUGCGCACACUCUCUCCGAGGAUACGAAGGAUGAGUUUAGCGAUCAGGUCUAUGAUUUAAAACGACGCUUUUGCUUCUUUCUGCUGCGGUAAGUUUGACAGUUUUUUUUUUGUGUACUUUUUAUUUAUAAUUCCUUUUUAUGCUAUCACGCAGAAAAAAACCUAUUCAACGAGGCCUUUGAGAUGGCUCAGGAUGUUGCGGACUAUGAUCUUUUUAUGGAUCUAUACAAUCUGACCAAAUGUAUUGCCAGCCUAAGUGAAUUUGCCCAAGCCGCAUUUAGUCAGGCCGCCGCCAUAAUCCAUGGAGAGGAUCCCGUGUCACCUGGUCAUCUCAGCAUGAGUUUAGCCAGCGAUUUACGUCCCGAUUCCGCAUGUUCACAGUCCAGUUACUCAUCACCCAGUCAACAGGCCUUGAAAAACUAUGUGCCACCUUUGCCCUCGUUCAAGUCCAAGAUUUUUAAUGCCGAAAUGAUCAAGAUCAAUAUACCUAAGCCCGAGUUGCGUCCGCCAUUGCCAGAGUUGCGUACAUCCAAGCUGAGCAGCGCGUCCACAACCACGUCGCUGGUCGCGCUAGCGCAGAAAAGUGGCAGCCAAACACCUGCAAGGCCAAUUAAUGCCAAUGGCAACGUCUGGUCUCAAGAUGUACCAGAUCAAACUGUUGGCUUACCCAUGCCUAGCAGUCCAGCGCCACGACUGCAGUCCUCAUCGUUUGCUGAUCCUACCACACAACUGCCGCCUCUGGCAACAAUGCAGACGCAGCCUAUUCCACCGUAUCAGCCCAAGUUUUAUCAGCAUCCACUUGUGUCUGGGAACAUUCCAGCAAUGCUGCCGAUGCCAACACUCAAUAAUGAGGACUAUCAGAAACGUCUUUUGCUUAAAAAGCCCACGGCUUCGAUUUUAUCUAAUGCUGCCCCCGCUCAGCUUAAUGGCGAACCUGCUGCAGCACCCAGCGUUAAAGCGACGCCCACGGAGAAGAACAAAGUCAAGUUCUCGGACACCAUACAGGUGGCUGUUGUGCCAGAAAUUCCACGAAAGGACAAACCCAUGCCGCCUAAGCGUAAUGGCUAUUCACGUCCAACGGCGCGGCAUUUGAAUCCGCGAAAGGAGUUAGCUGAUAGUUUGCCUCUUUGCCAUCCAAAUGAUGAGUACUUGAAGGACUUUAAUCCAAUCACAACAAAUGUCAGCAAGCCGCCAACGAGGCGCCGCGAUGAGGAAUCGAGUAAAGCAUCGGCACCCAGUUCGUCGUCAUCAUCCAUCAAAGUGGUACAUUUUGGUGUUGUCUAAGCGAAUAUUUGAUAGUGCAAUUAAUUAUGUAGAUUAGUGAGAGAGCCGU